CUUAGGCAAGCGCAUCCGUCGGCGCUGCGUAGGAAGCCCUGAGCAACGGCCAACGCGAGCUCAAUCAACAUGUUCGUCUGCGUCGAGUGCGGCAGCAACAACCCUUGCAGGUGCAAGGUGCUGGGCCCCACCCUUGGCCUCAUCGGUGCACUGUUGACCGCCAUUGUGGCAUACCCACUGGGAGCGCUGUGCUGCUGCGUGUCAAGGUCCACCUCAGACCGCAUGUUUGCCGCGCCAGCAGACGUAUUCACAGUCACCAGUGCAACCCUGCCCAUAUGAGGAGGAGCUUGUGUGUUGAAGGAGACGGAACGAGCUUGCGUGUGUGCGUGGAAGGUGCAGGCAAUGGAAGGUGCUGGCAAUGGAGUGGAUGGGCUGAGGGCCGCUCGCUGAAAGAUGCUUCUGGCUCGGCGGGCACAACGUGUCAUUGUCCGCUUGCUGUACUCGACAAGAGGUACUUCGGAGACGUCAUAGCUUGGAUUGGCGCCGAACGUGUGGUAGCUGCAAGCUGGCGGGAACUGGGGCGCGGCGCCGACUACCGUAGUGGGUGCUGAGACUCGCCACGGACGGCCAAGCAUGACACGACGCACGUGGCAUGUUCGUGCCCGCGUCCCUUUGACUUCCCUGCGACUUUUCGGGAUAUGUGAAAAAAACUUAAGCUA